GCGCGGAUUGCCUCCGCCGCGCCGCCGGCGAAAAAAUGUCCGCGGCCACCCGGGUCAAGGCGCGCUCCCGCCAGCAGGCGCCUGCGCGCCGCAGGCGUGGGCAGGCCGAGCGGCCGCGCUUGGCCAUGUCUAGCUACACGUACCUGGCGAGGCCCCGCCAGGGGCAGAGGCCACCCAGCGACGUCGUGGCGGGCAGCGAGUGGAGCACCGCGGUGGGCAUCGGGCAGUGCCUCCAGACAAAGGGCUACUGCCUGAUAAACGACCUGAUCCCGGACUCCGCCGCCAGCGCGGCCCGGGACGCGUGCUCGGACGAGGUGGAGUGGCGAUGCCCGGCGCCAUUGAUCCAGGAGGGCCUCCUGGGCCCCGAGGGCUCCUGCCGGAUCGCCGGCAUGUCGCCCGAUGAGGAUUCGGAAGGCGAGAUGCUCGAGGCGUUCCGGCUCAUCGACCACGAGAUGGGCCGGCUCUGUGACGCCGUCGCUUCGACCCAGGACCUGUGCGGCUUCCGCUGCUCGAGCCGCAGCCGAGGGUGUCUGCACGAGGCCGGAGGCGUGGAGCUCGAGGACGCCGAGCUGACGGACGCCGAGGCGCACGACUACGCGGGCCUGUUCGCCACGCGCAAGGUGAUGGUGCUUGUCCUCCUGGGGCCCGCUGCGGGCCUGAUGGACCUGCAGCCCUACGACGAGGACGCCCCCGGGGUCGAGCUGCUCGUCGCGCCGGGCGCCGCCGUGAUCGUGCGGACCGACCAGCUGUCCUGCGCGCUGUCCGCCCCCGGAGGCCGGGACAGGUGCUACGCCGCGACCUGCUACAUGUUACAGCCGGACAUCCUGAAGAUGCACCGCGAGCGCAUGCAGGAGCACCUGACCCCGGCGGCGCUAAACCUCGACGCGUGGGUGGAGGAGCGCCUCCGGGAGAUCAAGGAGGCGGAGCCGGCAGAGCAGGACUCCGCGGAACAGCAGUCGGCGUGCAGGAAAAAUGGGAUCGUUUUCUUAUUCGUUGUUUUGCCGAUCGGCGCGGGCCCCUCGCACCUCACCUCCC